AUGGCCCAAGACGGUGUGAAAAGUGAACAUUUACUAGCAGAGGAACCAGCGCUGAUUGCUAAAGUCAGCUAUCCUGCAUUCGAUCCAGACGACAUCGAAACUUGGUUCUUGUGUCUGGAAGCCGCGUUUAGCGUGAAUUGUGUCAGGAGCGACAGGAACAAAUUUCACACCGUGAUUGUUGCUCUUGGGCCCCGAUGUAAAUUUGUGCAUACCACAAUUGCACAAUGCACCGAAUCUGCGAACAACGACAAAUACGAAACACUGAAAUCCGCCGUGAUUUCGCAUUUCCGCCUCUCUGAUAACCAGCGACUAACGAGUUUGCUUUCCGGAAUGAUUUUAGGUGACCAGAAGCCGAGCGUUCUUCUUUCGGAAAUGCGCCGCCUGGGUGAUGACGGGUGUUCGGACAACGUUCUUUCCAACUUGUGGCUCCGUGCACUGCCAGUCACAGUGCGUUCCAUCAUCGCAGCGAUGCCAACCGCCUCAUUGGACGAACAAGCGAAAGUGGCCGACAAGAUUUUGGAAGUCCCGAGGAGUGAUCCGCCAUCCGUUCACUCCGUCGAACCGUCCGCAUUGGAACAACGCAUCGAGGCACUUUCUCGCCGACUCGAUCAGGUGCUUGGUGGAAAAUCCCGCAGCCGUGAGCGACCGACGUACCGAGAUCAAACCCGAUCUUCAAACCGUCGCUCACAAACGCCAUCCCGAUCAACAAGCUCCCGCCGAUGGAUAUGUUGGUUCCACUACCGACAUGGUGCCCAGGCUCAGAAGUGCGAGAAGCAGAGAGGAGACAACGCCAACGUGCCGUGCAUAUUCUACGACGCCUCCUUCGAACCAGCACAAGCCGAUGUAACCAGCAUCGAACUCAACAAGGACAUCUUGCGUAUCCACGUGCACGAUCAGCAAUCAGCACAACAGUUUCAAAUCGACACUGGUGCUGAUAUUUCCGUGCUACCACCGACACCACGAGAACAGCUUCACCCUUCACCUUCUCAUCGCCUCUACGCGGCAAAUGGCAGCCCCAUACAAACUUAUGGCACCAAGCGGUUGCAAUUGGACAUCGGACUCCGCCGACCAUUUGUGUGGAUUUUCACUAUCGCCGAUGUGAAAUCCCCGAUCAUUGGAGCUGAUUUUUUGAAGCACUUUGAUCUUCUGGUGGAUCUGAAACGCAACAAGCUGAUUGACAACCUCACCAACCUGCAAGUGAACAACAUCAACGCUGCCUCCGAGCCAACGAUAACCACAUUUGAUGUGAACUCACCCUUCUCAGACAUCCUGAAGGAAUUCCAAGACAUCACCAUCCUGAACAUGAACCAUCACCCGACCAAGUCGAACACCGUCCAUCAGAUCAUUACGACAGGCCAACCAGUUUUUUGUCGCCCCCGUCGGUUGCCACCAGACAAGCUGAAGGAAGCCAAAGAGGAAUUCCGUUUCCUCAUGGAGCAGGGAAUAUGCCAACCAUCGAAAAGUUCCUGGGCCAGUCCUCUUCACAUGGUACGGAAAUCCAAUGGCAAAUGGAGACCGUGUGGUGACUAUCGGAAUCUCAACGCCAUCACCGUUCCCGAUCGUUACCCACAACGGAAGAUGUACCAAAGACCGCAAUUACGACCCCGUUUGGCCUUUUCGAGUUCAAAUUCAUGA